GGGUCUAUAAUGGGCUCGCCAUCGAGAUCGUCAUCGGACGGCUCAGCUGCAACAGAACCCAACCAGGGGGACAGCCAUGUGUGUGUGUGUGUGUGUGUCCGUGUUUGGGUGAGCCUUCUGUGCGUACGUGAUGGGGGGUCCUCGAAGACGAACUCGCCCUUCUUGCGGUUGAACGUCAUCUCAAGACCCUGACACACGCGUCACACACACAGGCAGGCAGACAGAGAGCCAGGUGAGUACUCAUCAACGUGUGGUGUGCGUGUGUAUCUGAGUGUGUCUGUCUUGCCUUCGUGUACUCAAUGGGGAAGACGGCCCACUGCUCCCACACCCGGAACAUCCGCAGAAUCUGACACACAUCGCAGCCAUGGGCACACGCGCGUCCUCUCCAGCCUUGUAUGUUUCUCUGUUUGUCUGUUUGUCUGUCUGUUUGCCAGUGAGGCGACACAACAAAUAGCCCACCCACCGUUUCCCUCAUCUGCGUGGCGGUGAUACGGCCACUGAUGCCCUGGUACACGGCCGUCAGAUGCUCCACCAUGUCGGGCAGCUUCUUCUCCACAGCCGUCCUGCACACACACACACACACACACACUUUUCCCCCUGUGCUGUGUGUGCCUGUCUGAGCCUGCCUCACACUCGAUUCGCACCUGUAGGCCCAUGCAGCUCGUGUGGUGCAGCAAGAGUUGAAGAGCACGUCGGACAGAAGGUACAGUCGGGCCAUCUUGUCAUCCAGAGGCACGUCGUCGGCCACAAUGGCGGCCGACAGGAUGUCGACGAUCGCGUUGGCGCUGUCCGCCCUCUCUAGAGCCCACACCAUGGCCUCACAAAUGGACGCCCUGCAUAGCAUAGAUAGCCACACAGAUGGAUGGAUGGAUGGACGGACGGACGGAUGGACGGCCCUGUGCUGUCCUGUUGGUGUGUCUGCUGCUGGGCUGGAUUGUGUUUCAGCUUAGUACCCACCGUUCCUUAGUGAGUUCUCUGAUGCGCUCAUCGAGGUCCUCUUUUUCGCGGAGGCUAAGCUCCACACCACCCGACACGAACGUGCGGGGGGCCGGCUGACUGACAACACACAGCCACACACCACACACACACACACACACACAAAUCCACACACACACAUAUAGCAGAUGUGACGGUGUUGUGGGCGGGCUCUCACCUAGUGUCUUUGCCCAUGGCGGCCUUGGUGGGCGCCUCAGUGGGGGGCUGGCUGGAGAAGUUGGUCUUCUGACGCCUGCAUCGCAUCCACGCAUCCAUCCGCCGAUAAGUGACCGUGUGACAGGAAGAUGUAUAUAUGCUGUUUGUCUGUCUCACUCUUCGGCCUCUUCGUUGGGUGGGGGCUUCCAUAGACUCCCUGCAUCACAUCACACCAGCGGUGAGUGAGUGCACAGCAGCGGUGAACGUGUCUGUCCUGAUGGCCAUGGUUGUUGCUGAGUGAGUGGCUGACUGACUGACCUCCGAUGAAGAUGUGGAACGGCUCCGUGCGCCAGCUCUUGCGGGUGUCACCCUGUCGUCAAUGUGACGCACACACAAGCAGCAGGCAGGCAGGCAGGCAGACAGACACGCUAGUGCAUGAAUGAAGCCGAAUGCGGUGGGUGCCUCUCUGCUUCCGCUUCCUGCUUGCACACCUACCUGUGCGUAGGCCCACACACGCCACCUGACCACACACACACACACACACACAUACACACACACACGCGCGCGCGCAGCCGAGCAAGGAGGGCGGUUCUCUGUCGUGUGGUUGGCUGUGGGUGAGUUCCCUCCCUAGUGGUGGGCUGCCUGCCCCCUGCCCCCUGCCCCUGCCUGACCGAUCUGCCUGACCGUGUUGGUUCCAUGCAUUACCUGUAGUAGACGUUUCCUGUAGAGUCUUUGUGGAAGAGGAAGGCGAACCGCCCCUCGGCGCUCUCACGCUCCAUCAGCAGCUGCUCAAACGGGUGACCGUCCUGACAUGGACAUGGACAUGAUGACCACACGACAACACGCAGACGAUGAGAUAGAUGAGUGAAGAGUGCGUCCACACGAGUGUGGUGUGUCUGUGCGUGCGUACUUCAGCAACGUAUUUGGCGAGUAUGUCAAUGAGCGUCUGCACCUUCUUGUCGGCCGGCGGGACCACCUCAAUCGUCGGCACCACCUGCACACAAGCAAGCCACACCCAUCCAUCCAUCCAUCCAUGAAGACUUCUUCCACCCCCUCACCUUAGACUCUGGCGGCUUGUCCGAGAACCCUCCGCUCCCGAAUGCUCCCGUGCCGGCCAGGGGCGCCUCGAUUGCCGCUGACGCUGCAUGAAGAGAGACGAGACGGAGAGAAGAGGACACCAUUGGUAGGAGUGUGUGUGGGGUGUGGGGGGAGGGGAAUGGGUGUUAGUUACUCACCUGGAGGUGCGCCGAUCUGUGCCGGUGUGGGGCCGACGACCGGCUUGGGGAUGGGCUUGCCCCACCUGUGAUGGACCAAUGCGGUGGGUAUAUGUAAGUGGCCUGGCCUGGCCUGGCCCUCCCCUCCCCUCGGGUCUGUCCUUAUUCCCUACCUACCCGAUUCGAAUGACCAUCCCAUAGAACUCCUGCCCGUCCAGCGCAUUCUUGGCCGCCUCUGAUCCAUGCACCGCAGCGCAGCACAGCACAGCACAGCACAGCACAGCACACAGCAAAAGGCCGUGUGCAUGCGGGGGUGGGAUGUGUGCCUGGUUGCUUGUAGGUGAGGUGGCCUGCCUCACCGGCCUGUGGCCUGGUUUCGAAGCUGACGAAUCCGCAGUGCCUGCCCCUGGCGCGCUCCUCGUCGGUGCGGGGGUACAUGAUCUUAAUCGACGCCACGCUGCCGUGCUUGCCAAACUGCUGAGCCAAAAACUCCUCUGUUAUCUACAUAACAGGCAGGCAGGCAGGCAGGCAGCGAGGAAGCCAUGUGUGUGCGGUGGUGUCAGUCAUUGAUGGCCACCAUCCAUCGAGGGAAAUGGCGGCCUGGCCUGCAUACCUCUGGUGAGAGGUUGCCGAUGUAGAGAUUGGUUGUCUCGUCGGCGGUGUAGCUCGAGGGGGUCGCACGACGCAAGAUGGAGACCCCAUUCACCUGCACUCACCCACCCAGCACACCACACCCACAGCAACAAAGACGGUGUGGGGAUGGCAUUGGUUGCGUCUCAAUCAUCGCGGCUGAGUAAGUACGUCUAUUCCUCCCGGCCCUCCCUCGAUGGCAUUCUGCACCACCAUACCACCGUCGCCAACGACACACACACACACACACACACACAUGUGCACACAUCAUCAGCCGUCCGGCCGGUGCAUUGUGCCAAAUUGUGCUGGGCUGACAUCAAUGUCUUUGAGUCGUGUGGCGAGCCUGUCCUUCUCCUCGGCCGACUCGGCGGCGUCGAUCUGGGCCUUGACGGCCUUGCGCUCCUCCUGGUACCUCUGCUUGGCCUUGAUCUCUGAAUGCAUCACACACACACAUCCAUCCAUCCAUCCAAUACACACUCCCCCGCUCUCCCUCUGUGUGUGCCCACACGUCAAUUCCGUGCAGCAGCCCACAAUGGCACCCCCGCACGCACCUUCAAGGAAGUCAUCGAUCUGUCGAGUCUUCCUCUGAGGCUGCUCUGAUGGAGCCGGGGCAGGGGCAGGGGCAGAGGCAACGCGUGGAACGAGUGGCCCGUCGCUGAAGCCGCGUGGCCCGUCGCUGAAGCCGCUCUCCCUCUCGCCGUCCCUCUUCUUGGCCUGCAGCGCCGCUGACGCUGGCGGCAGCCACAGACCCUUCUGAAAAGGCAGGCAGGCCCAAUGAUGAAUGAACGACCAACACACAAUUGUUGCUCUGUGUGCGUGUGUGUGUUGUACCUUUACGGGCGGUUUGUACUUCUCCCCCUUGCCGACUUUGACCUCGCCACCUUUGCCCGGCUCGUAGGUGCCCCCUGUGUGAACCAACCACACACACACACGCGCGCGCACACACACACACACACACACACACAUAAAGACACACACAGGUCUUGAGGUCAAGAUGCCGCAUCAUCCUUUAUGGUGUGCAUGUCGGGGGCACCGCACCUCUGACGAAGGUCUUUGGUGGUUCGUCUGCAUCUCCCUGGAAGGCCUGCACGAACUCGGCAUACACCUUGGCGGCCUCCUGCUGCUCCUGGUGGUUGAUCCAUGCACACACACACACACACACACAGACAGACACAGACAGACAGACAGACAGACAGACAGGAAUGAAGCAAGCGUGGAUGGGAUCGAUAGAUGUGUCUAUCGUGUUGUGUACUGUGCUGUGCCGUGUUGUGUUGUGUGUUUGCCGCGUACCCUGCGCUUUGCAUCAGGGUCUUCCGCCUUCUUCUUCUUGCCGCCGCCAAGAUGCAUGACGGCACAUCAAACACCAGCGUCCAGAUCACCAAACCACCUGUCCUCCUUCCUUCUGCGCUUCUUCG